UUGCUGUUACAACCUACCUCACUGGUGAGAGUUGUAACAGUAAGUGGGGUGGGUUGUAACACUAUGUAGAAAACAUAGACAUCAGUUUAAAUUUUGUACACACAUUCAUUUUUAAUCAAACUGUCUUGUUAAAAAUCCUUUUUAUACCAAGCCCAUAAAGCCCUUCUUCAAUGCCAUCCCAUUACAUUUAAGCAAUGUAAUUAAAAAACGUAAAAUAUACAUUUAAGCAAUGUAAUUAAAAAACAUAAAAUAUAUGAAAAAUAUUAUUAUAAAACAGCAAAGCAAGUUGAAACUGUUUAACAAGUACAUAAAAAAUGGAUUAAGAAUAAAAAAAGGGCAUAAAAGACAAUGUUUGUGUGUGUGUGUGUGUGUGUGUGUGUGUGUGUGUGUGUGUGUGUGUCACUUUCACAGUUCACUCUUUACCAGAAGAAGUGAAAAAGUAGUGAACUCUCACUGUCUGCUCAGCCAUGAUAUUACUGUAUAGUAAGGAAUUCAUGCCUGUGCCUAAUUUCUAAGUGUGAAAUGAUGAUGUUACAGAAACUGAUCCUAUGUUACAACCAUCCCUGGUCUCCCCUACACUCAAAACAAACAAACAAAUAAAAAAAUAUAUAAAAUAAAGAAAAGAAAAUCACUUGUUUAAUUUACUUAAAGACACCAAAAAUUCAAAAUGGACAAUUCUUAUUUUUAAUGCAGUAUUAUAAAUGAUUUAUCCAUGUACAUCAUUACUUUUUAAAAAUGCAUGUCCUUUUAAACUUUUAAUUAAAAAUAUGAAUGCUCCCUUCCCCUUGCAAUGACAUCUCUUCCUGAGAUGACGUGUGCACUGGCGCGAUAUGACUGUCCGAUAUCCAGUUUCGGUCCCUCCCCUCCAGCAACCUGACAAACAUAUGAAAUGAUUGCAGUAAUUAACAAAUGACAAAAAUAUUCCAAUCAAUUCCCGAAGGGCAAAAUCAAGUCCUGCCCUACACUUCAGGAUAUAGGUCACAACAGGGAAGAAAAGUCGGUUGCAAUGUCCAGUUAUGUGUUAAUGUCAGUGUGGGGAUUAGUGUUUUCUCACUUGUUCAUCCCUUUUAUUUCACCUGCUCUCUCCAAGAGGCUAUUUGGAAUGCUUCGGAGUUUAUUGAGCAUAUUAUUUUUGAGUGUACUAACUUUCAUGUAAGUACAUGAUUUUAAUAAGCUUUAAAUAACUUUUAAGAAAUACAUUCCAGGAGCUGAAACUACUAAAAAACUAAAAAUAAAAAAAAAGAUUUCACUGUGUGUAACCACCUAUUAAAAAGCGUGCUUACAGCCUUUUGACUUAAGAAUUCAGAAUUUAUGGAUGGGUUUUAUUAGUGGGUUAUGAUUCCAUGACAUUUCUGUUUAAUUAGGACCACGUGAUAGGUUUAGUAAUAACGACUUUGGGGUUUACAGUGAACAAUAACCUUGUUUAACCUAAGCAGAAAUAUAUUUAUACAAAUAAAAAUAAGAUUAGGCCAACAAACUUUUUAAAUUUGAGAGAUGUUUGCAUUUACAGUGUUUAUAUUGUAAACAAUCUAAUAUAGUAUUUAUAUUGUAAACAGUUUUAUACUAGGUGUAAAAAAAUUGUAGCUUCUGAGAUGUAGACUUUGCGACAACAUGCUCCCGAAUACGUUAUUAUAAUAAUCUAUAAUAUUAUAAAAAUACAGUCCAUUAGAAAGAUUUCUGCAACUGUGUCUAUUGUGAUUAUGAAUUACUGCCAUCAAACCUCACCAUUAAUUCGGUACGACCUAGGCCUACUUUUUUUAACAAAGGCUAUAUUAAGUAUGACAACGUCGUAAUUAUUAUUAUUUUUAUUAUUAUUAUUAUUAUUAUCAUCAUCAUCAUCAUCAUCAACAACAACAUCAACAUCAUCAUCAUCAUCAUUAAGAAACUGUCGAGAGAAUACUUUCAUUGGUAAUGUGUCAGGUCCUCUUGAGGGUUUAUUUUGGGCGGUCUCUCGGCGCUGACUUAUCUCACCAACAGGGGCUUCUGUGUUAACUGAGGCUGAAUAAACACAGAUGAACUGUCGAGCACAUUCACAAAAAUGUCCUGGCAAUGUCUGCCUGACUUCACAGGACUCUUGGAAACCACAGGAGAAGCACGUCACCUCAAAAAUACACUGACAUGGAGUUUAAAACAAGCGAAGCAGACAUGUUCCUCCUAGAAGACUUGACUGCAGCUGACCGAUCGCUGAUUUGACACUUACAGCGUGCUUUGUGUAUUACCUCUCAACAACAUUUCUCUUCCUUUCAUUUUUUUUUUUUUUUUUUUAUUUUUUUUAUCGGACUUUAAGUCAGGGUGGACAUCCGAAAUGAAGAAUCCACAUCUAAACGGCCAUUGCAAGAUCCUAAACACGGUGUCAGGAGACAAGAAAUUAAAACGGAAAGCACGAGAUCCAAUUAAGCGUACCAGUGACGAUCAUUUACCUUACUUCAAAUUGUAUAAGAACUCGCAUCUAAUGGCCGAGACACUGGGAGAUAGUUGUCCAAAAGAGACGCACGGUUCGGAAAUCGUCGCGGCGAGUGGCGGAAACGAACUUUUAAAUACUGCCGUAGAUAUGAGGAUUAACACCGUGAUUUCUGGAGAGAUACCUGACUCGAAACUAAGAUCCAUCUCCGAGAAGACUGUCAAUAACAAAAUUGCUAAAACAAGCUCGCAAGUUUCGGCUUUGAGCAGUUCACAGGUUUUUCCUUUGGAGCGCGUUGUGUUGUCUCAGCGCGCAGCCUCUCAGGCGCCUGCAGCCAGCGGCAUAAGCGAGAGAGCGGAAUCACCUAGGAGACGCGCUGGAGAGCAGUCUGGCGUCGUCACGGAGAUCAAAGCCAUUCAGCAGACUCGAAGACUACUGGCGAACGCGCGCGAGAGGACGCGCGUGCACACCAUCAGUGCAGCCUUUGAGGCGCUCAGAAAGCAGGUACCCUGCUACUCUUAUGGGCAGAAGCUUUCCAAGCUGGCUAUAUUAAGAAUAGCUUGCAACUACAUACUGUCCCUUGCUCAGCUUGCCGACCUGGACUAUACGCCAGACCACCGCAACAUGAGCUUCAGAGAGUGUGUGGAGCAGUGCACUAGAACUCUACAGGCUGAGGGUCGGUCCAAGAAGAGGAAGGAAUAAAAUGAAGAAUGUCUUCUGUGAAUUUGGACAAAGAAGGACCUCAAUCAAUUAACAUGAAGACACUUUCCCCAUGUGGGGGAAAAAAAACCCUGUAAUGUAAUGAAAGUGUAAUGUGAGUUUUACACUGCACUAUUGACUUUACUACAGAUAACAGUGUCAAAAACACAAUCACCUAUAAACCUGUCUAGGUUCUAAAUAUGCUAUUCUACAACUUUUGCACAAACAUUUUUCAAACAGAUGAUGUGAAAUUAGUUUCACUUUCCAUUUUUGCAUAAUUGGUUGCAGCAGUUACAGACUGUUUUUUUUUUCUCUUUUUUUCUCCAGUUUGUUUUGCAGUGUUCCUAUACAGUUUUAAAAAUCCCACAUACACUUAAAAUAAAGGUUCCAAAAGUUUUUUUUUUCCUUUUCUUUUUUUCCUUUUCUUUAUUAUUAUUAUUAUUAUUAUUAUUAUUAUUUGCUGUGAUGUCAUAGAAUAAUCAUUUUUGGUUCCCCAAAGAAUCUUUCAGUGAACAGUUCUUAAUAGAAUAUUUUUUUUUUUCUUAGCGUGAAGUUUUAAUAAUCUAAAUAACCCUUUUCCACUAUAAAGAACCUUUUGUGGAAUGGAAAGAUUCCAUGGAUGUUAAAGGUUCUUUAUGGAACCAUCAAUGCCAGUAAAGAACCUUUAUUUUUAAGAGUGUAUCUACAAGUUCCUGUGCAUAUUCUGUCAAAAUGUCCUGCCAUGUGCUAGAUCAAGAACCCGCACAUUUUCUUUUUCUUUUAAAUUCAUAUAAUUGUUAUUUUUCAUUUGAUUAAAUUACAUUAUAAACACUGAUAUAAAUGAAAAUGGCAUAUAAUUAAUUGAACACUCAUCUCCUGUCUUCCAUUUGGUUUGUACAACAUUAACAUUCUUGUAAACAGGAGCCUAUGCUUUAGAAAAUAUAUGUUCUGAGCUGUGGCUUUGUCAUUCAGUUGUUUACGUUAGUCUGUAUUUUAUAAAUGUAUUUUCUGUUAAAAUACUUAGCUAUGUUGUAGUUUAUGUAAUACAAGAAUUCAUUUUCAUUACAGAA